GCCGCCCCCGGAAGCGGCGGGCGGGGGGAGCGGGCACCGGGGGGCAGAGCGAGCGAGCGCCCGGCGAACGGGCCGGGGACGCGGCGGCGGCGGCAGCAAGAUGGCGGCCAAGUCGGAUGGCGGCGGCGGUGGCGGCGGCGGCGGCGGCUUCGCCCAGCUGCACAACCUGGACGAGGCGGCGGCGGCCACGGGCGGCGGCGUCGGGGCAGCGGCGGCCGAGGUGGCGGAGGAGCCGGGCGCAAGCAGCUCCUUGCACAUCUGCCACUGCUGCAACACGUCGUCUUGCUACUGGGGCUGCCGGAGCGCCUGCCUGCGGAACCUCUUCGGGCGGGCCGCCGCCACCGCCGCCGCCGAGCCGCUGGCCCCGCGCCCCCCCGCCGCCGCCGCCGAAGGGCCGCCGGAGGGCGGCGAGGCGGCCGAGCGGCCGUGGCUGGACUGCCUGUGGAUCGUGCUGGCGCUGCUGGUGCUGCUGGGGGAUGUGGGCACGGACCUGUGGCUGGCGCUGCACCACUACGGCCGGCGGGACUACUUGUGGUGCGGCCUCACCCUGGCCUUCGUGCUGCUGCCCUCGGUGCUGGUGCAGAUCCUGAGCUUCCGCUGGUUCGUGCAGGACUACACGGGCGGCGGGCUGGGCGCCGUGCAGGGGCUCAGCAGCCGCGGGCCGCCCAUGAUGGGGGGGACCGCGGGCCGGCGUGGGGGACCCGCCGGCGGGGUAGGAGGAGCCGGCGGCACCGCCACCCCCGGGGCGCAGCGCCUCUGCAGGAUCUCCGUCUGGGUCUGGCAGUCCGUCAUCCACCUGCUGCAGAUGGGGCAGGUCUGGAGGUAUAUCCGAACCAUGUACCUGGGGAUCCAGAGCCAGAGGCGGAAGGAACACCAGCGGCGCUUCUACUGGGCUAUGAUGUACGAAUAUGCAGACGUAAACAUGCUGCGCCUCCUGGAGACCUUCCUGGAGAGCGCCCCUCAACUGGUGCUACAGCUCUGCAUAAUGAUCCAAAAGAACCGUGCAGAAACAUUACCAUGUGUGUCCUCUGUGGCCUCCCUGAUGUCCCUGGCUUGGGUGCUAGCCUCCUAUCACAAGCUUCUUCGGGACUCUAGGGACGACAAGAAGAGUAUGAGCUACAGAGGGGCCCUCAUCCAUCUCUUCUGGCGCCUCUUCACCAUCUCAUCCCGAGUUAUUUCUUUUGCUCUCUUUGCUUCCAUCUUCCAGCUCUACUUUGGGAUCUUUGUAGUGGUCCAUUGGUGUGCCAUGGCUUUCUGGAUCAUCCAUGGUGGGACAGAUUUCUGCAUGUCUAAGUGGGAGGAGAUCCUCUUCAACAUGGUGGUAGGGAUUGUGUACAUUUUCUGCUGGUUUAAUGUCAAGGAAGGGCGGACUCGAUAUCGAAUGUUUGCGUAUUACACGGUGGUCCUGACGGAGAACGCUGCCUUGACGCUCCUUUGGUAUUUUUACAGAGAUCCCGACACCACUGACUCCUAUGCCGUGCCAGCACUGUGUUGUGUCUUUCUUAGCUUUGCUGCUGGGAUAGCUUUGAUGCUGUUAUAUUAUGGUCUGCUGCAUCCCAUGGGGCCGAGAGCUAAGAUCUUUGCCAGCUCCUGUUGCGCCGAGCUGCUCUGGGGCAUUCCUCUGCCCCCCGAUGUUGAGCCCAUGGCGCCUCAGACCCCUGGGUACCGGGGGGCCCAGGCUACGCCCACCAGAGCGGUCACGGAGCAACAGGAGGAACUCACAGCUGACACUUGCUUGCCCGUUUUCCAGGUGAGAGCAAUGGUACCAUCUACUCCAUCUGGGCGACCCUACCCCCCCGAGGGGCCUCUCAUUAAGAUUGACAUCCCAAGAAAAAGAUAUCCUGCCUGGGAUGCUCAUUUUGUAGACAGGAGGUUAAGAAGAACUAUCAACAUCCUCCAAUAUGUCACCCCCACAGCUGUAGGUAUUAGGUAUAGAGAUGGACCUCUCUUAUAUGAGUUGCUACAAUAUGAAUCUUCACUUUAAAGCUCCUUAAAGCAAAAGUAAAAGAGGGGACCUUAUUUUUGUUUACGGUAAACACAGAUCAUGAAACAAACACAAACCUUCAGAUAAGCUUUCUUUCUGGUUGCUGUAUGUAUAAAAAAAAAAAAGAUAUUCUCUAUGUUUUGUAAGUAAAAACAAAAAGAAAAACUUUUCUUUUGUUUUUUACACACAAGAAACAGUAUUUCAACUUCCACACCUAGGAUUCACAGGUGGAGAAGGAGGCAUCUCCACAUCAGUUUUAUACCGUACACCAAGUGUAGAACAUUAUUUAUGGGAUUGGUGCUGAUUGAAAAAUAAAAAAAAAAACAAACAAACAAACCUACAACUGCCUUAUGCCCUUAGGUGCUGAGUUUCAUUAAGUACUGUCACCUUUCUCAUGCAAAACUCUUUGAUGAUUAUAUGCCAGGAAAAAAAAAAAAAAACAAAUAAAAACCAACCAUCCAACUGAAAUGCCAACCUUAAAAUUAAAAAAAAAAAAAUUAACAACGACAAAAAGAGAGAAAUGUAUGAAAAAAAUUAAUCCAGUUGCUCUUAUUGGAUUUAGCAGAAAAAACCCUCCAAAUGUCUAAAGAUAAGAAAGCAAAGAUAAGAAAGCAAAGCCAAGACAACCCCAAUCGAGUUUGAUUUUUCCAACAGCUGAAAGACAAAAUCAGGUCUGUAAGAUAAUUUGGCAAGGAGUUUAUAACACCAUUGGGCCAAGCCUUGACCGAGUUGUGUUAUAAAGAUGAGCCCACCCUGGAACCGUUUUCCUCGUGGAAAUGGACCCUGUACAAAGGUGGGAUUGCACCAGAUCAGUGUGAAAAUACAGGAUCUGAUCUUGCUCCCAACAACUGCUCGUGCUAUAGCCCCACUGUCUCCAGUGGAGCAAAUACCAACAGUCUGAGCCCAGAACAAGGCCUGCCACCUUGAUUUCUGGAAAACGAGAAAUUAUCAAAAUUAGAAACCAAAAACGUGAUCCGAAAGUACAUUUCCACAUAUCUAAUAAUUAUUUCAGUAAUAAUAAAACUCAGCAUGGUAGCAAAAAGCGAGUCAAUUUAAAGGCACAAUACUUGAUCAGUGACUGGCAAAAUAAUUUGACCUACUGUAUCAUUUUAAGGCUGUGAAAGGCAUACAUGUAUUAUUUGUAAUCUCGUGUAAGACCUGUCAUGUCUCAUUCAGUGCGAGCCUUAAAGUGAUUGUAAAGCAUCCUUCGUUCCAUUUUGGGGAUUUUUGGGUUUUGAUUUUUUGUUUUGUUUCUGUUUUGUUUUUAAGGAAAACAAAACAUGAAAAGUCGGGAUUAAAAAAAAAACAAACACAAAAACACAAAAAACAAACAACAACAAAACAACCAACAAAACUUCUUCAAACGGUAAUAACCUGUAAAACUGACUCACGUCUCGAGAUGAUUUGGUGCUUUGUAUUUUUCGUUGAUGUUGUUGUUGUGAUUUAGCUGAGAAAAAUUCUUCGACUCGGUUACGUGUGGGGAACUGCUGAUAAAAAAAAAACUGUCUCGUGUCACCCUCUACUGUAAGUACAUGGCGAGGAACAACAACCAGAGGAAAUCCAAGAGCGUGCGAGAGCGCCGUGGUUUGGCUUAGCCUUCCACCGCCAGGAGAUGCUGCCACCUCCGAUGCUGGCAAAGCCCGGACGGCCCCGCCGAGGGCUGUGGGGUUGUCUUGACAUUUCCAAAUAACCCGCUCGGUGUCUGAACAUUCUCAUCUCUCUCGGAUUCUGUUUCUGUGCUGGAAUCUCUCGGGUUGGUGGUUUUUUUAUUAUUUUUUCUUUUUUGGGUUAAAUCACCGGGUUCGCUUCUAUCCGACACCUUUUUUUUUUUUUCCGUUUCGAGAGUAUUGCUCCUUUAAAGGAAUAUUCCCGUUUCAGGGCAUCUUUUCAAUCCCACCGUCCCUCUACUUGGGAGGGGAAAAAAAACAACAACAACAAAAUGAGAUAUUUUUAAGUGAAUGCUGUAGUAUUUUCUGUGUGUAAUUGCAAUUUUUUAUUCCAGAAAUACUGUAACUGUCUAGGGUGCAAAACUCCCAUGCUGACCUAUUCUGAAGAGAAGAUCAGCAUGGGGGGAUAUUUUUUAAUUAUGAUUAUGAUUUUUUUUUAAUUUCAGGAAUCAGUUGGGUUUUUUAAUUAUUAUAAUAUUUAAAGAAACUAGUACCAAUUUUAUAUAACAGUUUAAAGAAGCUGAAUGCUUUCUUCGCCUGAAUAUACCUGAAGAGAAACAUUUUUUUCAAUCAGUGAUACUUUGCAGUGUUCUGAGAAAACGUUGGGGUUUCUUCAGUUGUUUCAUUUUGUUUUGUAAAGGAAACUUUUAACUGGUGUCUGUCCCUUUCAAGGAGGGCAGGACUCCUUCAGGCCAAACUAUAGACACACGGCAAAGUUUAUACAAAGCCAAAUUGUCACUGGUACUGUAAUUCCCAGUCAAACUCCAUUUCAGGCAGAUGUUUCUGGGCUCUGAUUACAACCAAUGUGAUGGUCACAUUUUCAUGCAAAGGGAGGGAUUUGGUCUUGUCAUCCCCUAUCUAACUCCCCAGUCCCUUGUUUGCUGUGCACAUAAAUACAUAUAUAUGUAUAUAUAUGUAUAUACAUACACAUGAACUGAUAAAUAUUUGUGAAAAGCUUUCAUUUCCCUUCUCCAUUGUCUGUGCCCCACAGCCAGUCCCUUCUCAAGUGUCCUACUAACAUCUGACCCUGUUUCUCCCCUGAUCAGUGUGCUGUCUCCAUAAAAGUAGGUAAUUUGUGAAGUGAACUCGCUGUCCCUGCCUGCUGAGUCCU